CCAAUGUAGAGUAGAUCUUCUCAUCUCAGUAAGUACAGCCUAGAAACUUAACAGACUUGCCCGGGCUUGUCUUCUGGGUGAUCAUUAGGUCACUAUUAGUCACCACAAAUCCAUCUCUUGUCAACCUAAGACCCAAACAUACUACUUUUAGGUUAUCACCAUGCAUCUGUCGUCCUCAUAGGCCCAUAGCUAUCAUCCUGCAGACGUAUUCUGUCUAACUUAAGAGUCCCCAUAGUCGGGACUAGCGAGAUGGCUCAGUGGAUAAGAGCACUGACUACUCUUCCGACGGUCCUGAGUUCAAAUUCCAGCAACCAUAUGGUGGCUCACAACUACUCAUAAUAGGAUCUGACACCGUCUUCUUGUGCGUCUGAAAAGACCUACACUGUACUUAUGUAUAAUAAUAAAUAAAUUAAAAAACAAAAAAAAAGUCCCCAUAGUCGUCAUCAGCCCUAACCCAGUUUAAAAGUUCAAAAUCCAAAAUCUCUUCUGGGUCUCAAGACAGCGAGGAGCUAUAAAAUUAAAAAAGAAAGGUUACAUAUUCCCAAUGCCAGUGGCACAGAAUCAACAUCUGCUCCAGAAGGAAGGAAUAGCAGCACAGUGGGAAAGAUCAGCCUGGAACAAGGCUGAGGCCCAGCAGGCUAAACUGCUGCUCCACAUCUGGUGUCUGGAGCUCUCGAUGGAAUCCUCUAUGCCCCAGAAGGCGUAGGUAGCCCUCAUUUGUGGAUUGGCUCUCAUCCCUCAUUCACGUUUUCACAGUGAGCAUCUCCAUUCUGGCAUCUCCAACGCCCUAGUGGCACCAUUGAAGUUAGGGCUCACCUUCACUGCCACACCUUGCCUGGCUGCCAUGACCUAGAACUUUGACACAAGUUCCACGACUCCCUUAAUUAUUGCAUCUUUCAUGCUUGUAAAACCAGCCUUCAAGUUCUUCAGUGAACUCAGGCUGUACUCUGGCCUCCAGGACCACAGUUGCAGCUGCCCCUCAGUGCCCUAUCCUCAGGAAAUACUUCCUAGGCCCCUGCUGAGAGCAGGGAACUCCUUCACCUCUUGAGGGAGUUUGUAUUUUCCCAGAUUGAAGCCCUCAGGAAUGCAUGCGUCCUCAGGGUCUCUACUGUUCCCUACUAGUUCAGAGCACAGGGUUUCUCCUUACUGGUUCUAGUAUUUGUAAUACUUACAACUGAUUCUCUGUACCAUCUUGGUGGGCAAAUUUAACCUCUCUCUACCACAUAGCGCAUUUUAAUAAAUCCUUUUCUCUCCCUGUCCUGCUGUAGAUCUGGAUAAGAGCAGUGAUUAGGGACCACAGUGUGGCCUGCGUGGCUGACAUGCCACAAAUCCAUUGCUUUUGAAUCCAGCUUCACUCCAGCUCCCAGGACAUGGGCAGAAUGAAGCCAGCUUCUUUGCCAGUGUGAACAACCUGUGGCACAGUUCCCAAUUAGAGCUCUUGCCUCCUGAAACCGCAUGGACUUGGCCUCCUCUGUGCAUUUAUCUCUUGGUGUUCUGGUCUUCCAAACUCCCACCAAAACAUUCACUAUGCUCUGCUUACAGCCAUCUUAGGCUUUUCCAGCCCAGAGUUCCAAAUCUUUCCCCAUGUAUCCCCCAGCUCUGUUCCAAAGGCCCAGAAUCCACACAAUCAGGAUUGUCACAACAGAGGCCCCACGUUGGGCACCAGUAUUCUGUAUUAGUAUUUUUCUCAUCUUUGCAACAGUAUACCCAGUAAAGCAACCCACGGAAGGAAAGGUUUGUUUGUUUGAGUAUGAAGUCCAUUCUAAUGACAUUAUCCAUUUUACCCGUGUGUCCAAUUGUGUAAAAUUCUCUGAAAUGCACAGUGGUUGCAAGCAGAAAAAGUUUAAGAAUCCUUGCUAUGUAGAAUAUUAAAGGCCACUCAUUAAAAGGAUUUAUAAAGGCUUUAAAGUAGACACUAUUUUCAGUCCUGGUAAAUUGAAAGUAUUGUGUUAGCUGUUUAUAUUUAAAAUUCUCCCAGAAAGCAUGUUUUGUAGACAUUUUCUAAACUUUAUAUAAAAAGCAAAAAGUUUCAGUACCGAGUUCAGUUUGAGUUUUAAUCUAGAUUUGGAACAGAGCUAAAUAAAUCACAUUAUAGGAAAUGAGAAACUCAGUUUGCUGAUACUGAAGAAAGCUAUAAAUACCAACAGCAACAAAAAGCAAGUUGUUGAAAAUGUGUGGCUAAUCGCCUGCAAGCUAGCUGAAAUAUGUAUGUUUUGCUUGGUCAUUAAGAAAAUAAUUUGUAACACUCACUGUGACAUUUGCUGGCCUAGUUUAAACGCCAGUGGGUGCACAAUGAACCCUCAGAGUCAGAAGCAGUUCUUUUACUCUUUCUUAAUAGUGUUUUUUAUUUUUGGUUGUUUCACAUAUUUGUGCAAUGCCUGUUGGUCUAUCUAGCCACCACUACACCUCUAGUUUCCCCUAGAGCCCCCACCUCAUCUCCCCUCUAGCUUUAUGUCCUCAUUUCAUUCUUGUAACUACCUGAUUCCAGUUAGUGCCACCAUGUGCACGUGGGGGUGUGGCCACCCGCUGAGGCAUAAGCAGCCUGCCAAGGCUACAUCCCUGAAGGAGAGUGAGUGGUUCAUCUUUUUUCAGAGAACCAGAAGCUUCUCUGAAAGCAGUGGGGUAUCAGGAGCUUCUGCAUCCAGGAACUCCCCAUGUAGCUCAUAGUAUGCGUACCUCAGCAUCCCCAGUGAUGGGAUUGCAGGCAUUUUACAUGGGGGGGGGUGUUCCUAUUUAAAUGUCCAUGUCCAUAUAAAAUAAUCAACUUCAACAGGGUGGUGGCACAGGACUUUAAUCCCAGCACUUGGGAGGCAGAGGAAGGUGGAUCUUUAAGAGUGUGAAUGAAGCCAUCCUGGUCUACAUAGUAAAUCCCAGGCCAAGGAUACAUGGCUGGUAAGAACAGUGGCCAUGGGAGACCCUGGACUGGCCAAGUUACAGUUCGCCCCCUUUAAUAGUGCUCUGGACGUUGGCUUCUGGCACGAACUGACCCAGAAGAAGUUGAAUGAGUACCGCCUGGACGAGGCACCCAAAGACAUCAAGGGCUAUUACUACAAUGGUGACUCUGCUGGCCUGCCCACCCGCUUGACGUUGGAGUUCAGUGCUUUUGACAUGAGUGCCUCCACGCCUGCCCGCUGUUGCCCGGCCAUGGGAACCCUGCAUAACACCAACACACUUGAGGCUUUUAAGACAGCAGACAAGAAGCUCCUUCUGGAGCAGUCAGCAAAUGAGAUCUGGGAAGCCAUAAAGUCAGGUGCUGCUCUCGAAAACCCCAUGCUCCUCAACAAGUUUCUGCUCCUGACCUUCGCAGACCUAAAGAAGUACCACUUCUACUACUGGUUUUGCUGCCCUGCCCUCUGUCUUCCUGAGAGCAUCCCUCUAAUCCGGGGACCUGUGAGCUUGGAUCAAAGGCUUUCACCAAAACAGAUCCAGGCCCUGGAGCAUGCCUAUGAUGAUCUGUGUCGAGCCGAAGGCGUCACAGCCCUGCCCUACUUCUUAUUCAAGUACGAUGACGACACUGUGCUGGUCUCCUUGCUCAAACACUACAGUGAUUUCUUCCAAGGUCAAAGGACAAAGAUAACAGUUGGUGUGUAUGAUCCUUGUAACCUAGCCCAGUACCCUGGAUGGCCUUUGAGGAAUUUUUUGGUCCUGGCAGCCCACAGAUGGAGCGGCAGUUUCCAGUCCGUUGAAGUCCUCUGCUUUCGGGACCGCACUAUGCAGGGAGCAAGAGACGUGACACAUAGCAUCAUUUUUGAAGUGAAACUUCCAGAAAUGGCAUUUAGCCCAGAUUGUCCUAAAGCAGUUGGCUGGGAGAAGAACCAGAAAGGAGGCAUGGGUCCGAGGAUGGUGAACCUCAGCGGAUGUAUGGACCCCAAAAGGCUGGCUGAGUCAUCUGUGGAUCUGAAUCUCAAGCUGAUGUGCUGGCGAUUGGUCCCCACCUUGGACUUGGACAAGGUCGUGUCUGUCAAGUGCCUGCUGCUGGGAGCUGGUACCUUGGGGUGUAAUGUGGCUAGGACACUGAUGGGCUGGGGCGUCAGACAUGUCACCUUUGUGGAUAAUGCCAAGAUCUCCUACUCCAAUCCCGUGAGGCAGCCUCUGUAUGAAUUUGAAGAUUGUCUAGGGGGUGGCAAGCCCAAGGCCCUGGCUGCAGCAGAGCGGCUACAGAAAAUAUUUCCUGGAGUGAAUGCCAGCGGGUUCAACAUGAGCAUCCCCAUGCCAGGACACCCUGUGAACUUCUCUGACGUCACGAUGGAGCAGGCCCGCAGAGAUGUGGAGCAGCUGGAGCAGCUCAUCGAUAACCAUGAUAUCAUCUUCCUGCUAAUGGACACCAGGGAGAGCCGGUGGCUUCCUACUGUUAUUGCAGCCAGCAAGCGAAAGCUGGUCAUCAACGCUGCCUUGGGGUUUGAUACCUUUGUUGUCAUGAGACAUGGCCUGAAGAAACCCAAGCAGCAGGGAGCUGGGGACCUCUGCCCAAGCCAUCUUGUAGCACCUGCUGACCUGGGCUCCUCGCUUUUUGCCAACAUCCCUGGAUACAAGCUUGGCUGCUACUUCUGCAAUGAUGUGGUAGCUCCAGGAGAUUCAACCAGAGACCGGACUCUGGACCAGCAGUGCACAGUGAGCCGCCCAGGCCUGGCCGUGAUUGCAGGUGCCCUGGCUGUGGAGCUGAUGGUCUCUGUCCUGCAGCAUCCUGAGGGGGGCUACGCCAUCGCCAGCAGCAGUGAUGACCGCAUGAAUGAGCCUCCCACCUCGCUGGGACUUGUGCCUCACCAGAUCCGGGGUUUUCUGUCACGGUUCGAUAAUGUCCUUCCUGUCAGCCUGGCAUUUGAUAAAUGUACAGCCUGUUCACCCAAAGUUCUUGACCAAUACGAGCGAGAAGGAUUCACCUUCCUAGCGAAGGUGUUCAACUCCUCACAUUCCUUCUUAGAGGACUUGACCGGCCUUACCCUGCUCCAUCAAGAGACCCAAGCUGCUGAGAUCUGGGACAUGAGUGACGAGGAGACCGUCUGAAGCAAGCAACCACAGCUCAGGAGUACCUGGCCCUCAGCGCAGGACUGGACCGCAGGACUGGUGAUCUGGGUCCUGCCACCUCCCUGGUCCUGAUCUCCACAUCUCCAAGGACAAGGGUGUACCCUCUGCCACCCAGUUGCACCCUUUCCUGUGCCAUCUCACCAGCUCUGAACUCAAUAAUAACCUUGGCAUUGCCACUG